AAGGGCACACAGGAGAUUAAAUAUUGGCUUCCAAAAAUUAAAAACAACAAUUACUUAUCAAAACAUAUAUAUCUUUAUUAAUAGUGCGAAGGAAUACAAUAGAAAACGUUAUUUGACGAUCAAAGAUGGCGGAAACAAAGUCGAAGGGCCCAACGAUGGAAAGAGACUUCAGUUCUAUUAUAAUUACGUUAGAAAACGUAUUGAUACCAGACGAAAAACUUUCACCAACACCAUCAAUGCAAGAUGGACUUGAUAUAGAUACUGAAACCGAUCUGAGAAUACUGGGUUGCGAGCUUAUUCAAACGUCAGGCAUUUUGCUCAAGCUACCGCAGGUGGCAAUGGCAACAGGACAAGUGUUAUUCCAGAGAUUUUACUACUCAAAAUCUUUUGUCAAGCACAAUAUGGAGGUACUUGCAAUGGCCUGUGUUAAUCUUGCCUCAAAGAUUGAAGAAUGUCCACGAAGACUUAGAGAUGUCAUCAAUACAUUCCACCAUGUUAAACAAGUUAGAAAUAAAAAAAAUAUCCGUCCUUUGGUUUUGGAUCAAAGCUACAUCAAUUUGAAAAAUCAAGUGAUUAAAGCAGAAAGAAGAGUUCUAAAGGAGCUGGGCUUCUGUGUUCAUGUGAAGCAUCCACACAAGGUGAUUGUCAUGUAUCUGCAAGUGUUGGAUGCGCACCAGAAUCAGAAACUGGUCCAAUGUGCAUGGAACUACAUGAAUGACAGUUUCCGGACAGAUGUGUUUGUUCGCUGGCACCCAGAAACCAUAGCCUGUGCAUGUAUCUGGUUGGCAGCCAGGCAACUGCAGGUGCCCCUGCCUAACAGCCCUCCCUGGUUUGAGUUGUUCAAUGUGAUUGAGGAAGAGAUAAGGAACAUCUGCCUCACCAUCCUCCGGCUCUAUGCAAGGCAAAAGCCUAACCCUGAUGCCUUGGAGAAGAAGGUGACUGCUGCCCGCGCUGUGCAGCUUGAGGCCAAACAGAAAGCCAAAGGGCUCUUCUCAGAACGUGACAGUCCCAAUUCAAUCUCCAGAAAUGACUCACCAAAGAAUGUCAGUCCCAAUCCCACCACCACAACACUUAUUGGAGAACUGAAAAAGCGAAUCAAGAAAGAACAAGAGGAAAGAAAUGAGAAGUCCAAGGCUAAACACCGCUCAAGAUCUCGAAGUGGAUCUAGAUCUUCCCGGUCCAGUGGGAGUCUACAGCGGAAGCGACGCCAAAGUCCCUCUCGCAAGGCCAAGAAAGACAAAUACUCUCAGGAAAGACGGUCAAAGGACACACACAAGUCAAGGAAGAGAAAGCACAGAUCACACAGCCACAGUGCCUCACGUUCACCGUCACCUGGCUUCAAAUCUAGUCAUAAGAAACGCUCAAUAGACAAGGGUAAUGAAGGGAAAGAUCGUGACUAUAAGGAAAAUAAGGACAGAUACAAUUCGCCGGAUAGGUAUCCUAGGAAACACCACAGAAAUGGACACUCUAGCCCUUCCAGACUCGACAAGUAUGACAAAUAUAGGAGAUAAUGUACAUUUUUGGAAUAGUGUCUCAAAUUGUUCGUUUUAAAAAAGGUGCAAAUAUGAAAAAUGUUCAAAACAAGGCAGCAGAAUUAUAUUGUUUUGUUUCUUCACCGCGAAUUGCUGUCUUUCUUGUAAUAUUAUCAGGGUGCAGAAUCAACAGUUUUUUCAGGAGUUUACACACGAGCUGGACAGAAUGUAAACACACCAUUAAGAGCUUGCAAAUAUUUAAAGUUAUCAAAAUUAAUUUUCAAAAAUCGUAAGUGCAUAAAAGACAGUUUUUUUACAGUUUGUGUCGAUAUCUAAAGGUACAAAUCCUUGAAUAUGUCUGAAAUCCGUGACAAAAUUUAUAACUGAAAAAUUAAUGCAGUACACAUAGAAGUUUUGAAAAAGAACACCUGCAUAUUAAAUAAAGUAAUUCUGAUGUGAUUUAGAUUGCCAUAAGCAGCAUAAAAAUUGGUCUUUUAUGCAAUAGUUGAAAUUAUUAAGAAAGAUUGUUUUAUACAGUUAUUUGUCAAAAAUGCACCAAUUACUGGUGUGUUUACAUCCAUUAAUAUGUUAUUGUGAAUCCCACAAAGUCACGUGAUCCUGUGCCCUGUUAAAGGACAAUGAGUUUACUUUUUGAAACAUGGUCUCAAUGUAAUUUCUCAUUUUGUGUGUGUCAAUGCCUUGAAAUGUUUAUUCAAUAAAUUAAUUAAGUUUUCUUAAGCUGGAUACAAAAAUGUGUUCCAGUUACAAAAUCUGAUUUAUUUCACUAGUAGAAAACACAUGUGUACAAGCAGUUCUAUACUGGUAAUUGAACCACUAUCGUAAAUAAUGACAUCUUUAUCUAUCAAUCAUACAUCAAUCCAUUAAUCAUAGUUCACACCUUCAUAUAUCAAUCACACUUCCAUCUAUCAGUCACUUCUCCAUUUAAUCCUGAAAGACUGCCUGGAAUUGUAUGGAAAAAACACUAAUGAUGCUCAUGUUCAUGUGUUAAAUGUUUGAAUGUUUCACUUUAAUUAAUGCAUUCUGUUUUCAGGGAUACCUAUCAUGAUUUUGUACAGUUUUAAUUUGUAUAGAUCGGCCUAGAUGGCCUUGUGUUAAUUUAAUCAUGUAUAUCAGUCAUUGCAUAAAUGCCAUUUUUUAAAAAGUCUAAAAGAUAAAUUAGAUUCUAUAUAUAACGACUUAA